CAGCAUAUUAUCAACGAUGUUUAUCAAAAUAAUUUAAACAUCGGUAAUAUUCAGGGCAUAUCCAGCUAUAAAGAUAAUUUACAAAUCGACCAAUACAGCUAUGACCAGAUUUCUCAUUACAUGUGUGACCGUGCUAUGGACCGUGACCGUUCAAGGUCAAAUGUGUCCUUCACCAUGUUACUGUCGACCUCCAGGUCAAGUGUUCUGUAACGGAACAGGAAUAUCCAAGAUCCCGGGAAAUAUUCCAAUAGACACCCGUAUUCUCUACAUUGGCGAUAACCCAAUCCAUCAGAUUAAAAGAAAUUCAUUUACAAAACUUAUCAACCUGACGGCACUCGAUGCAUCAGGAGCGCCCUUGAAGGAGGGGUCAAUUGAAGCAGGUGCACUUGACCUUCCGAGUCUGGCCGAUGUGGAUUUGUCAAGGACAGAUUAUACCACUAUUCCAAAAGAGCUUCCCAAGAAGCUGGUCACAUACAGAAUGUAUUACGGAAAGCUGAAAACGCUUCAGACAGACAGCUUUGUGUCCUACCCAAUGAUCGUGUACCUUGACCUUUCAAAUAAUAACAUUUUUAAAAUCCAACCCGGAACUUUUGAUCCCCUGAUCAACUUGACAACACUGUACAUCGGCUUCAACAAACUGACAGAUGCAAGUUUUCCACCGAAAGUGUUUUCUAAAUGUAGAAGUAUACAAUCCAUUGAUUUCCGAUUCAACCAAAUGCAAAGUGUUCUUCGGGAUAUUCCUGUCGGCAUCCAGCACCUCUGUUACGUGGGCAAUCAGAUUAAAACCUUACAUUCCUACGCAUUCAAAGACUAUCCCGAUCUCCAAACCCUGGCAUUCUGGCAGGGCGCCGUGGAAACCAUAGAAGACAACGCCUUCUUUGGACUGGAACAACUCACUCUGUUAGACUUUAUGCAGGAUCACAUAAAAUCUACAUUGACCAACAACACAUUUAUCGGCCUCUCUCAUGUGGACACACUAUAUCUAGAUCUUAACAAUAUCAGUAAAAUCGAGCUGGGGGCUUUUUAUCCCCUUAAGAACGUCGGGUCUCUGUGGCUACAGAGCAAUAUGUUGACCACAUUAAACCCGGGGGCCCUCGACUCGAAAUAUCUCACCAAAUUGAAUUCUCUUUUUAUUGACUCUAAUCCGUGGUACUGUGACUGCAACUUAAGGUGGCUCAGGGAGAAAAUGGAUACUUCCCCUAACCUGAUUCAAGAUCCGCACCUUAUCGUGUGUAGCGGACCGCCCGCAGUAGGUGGAAAGGCAUGGGAUGUGCUUAAACCCACUGACUUUGUGUGCAAUUAAUGAA